GUCGUCGUCGGCGUCAGCGUCAGCGUCAGCGUCGACGUCGGCGUCGGCGGUCGUUUCUCCUCCAGAUCUACGUGCGUAACUUCGGCGCGUAAUGUUACAUGUCGACUUGCGCGUCGACAUCGACGACAACUGUCACCUGUCACCAACGACGACGGAAUAGCGCGAACGGAAAGUGAGUGAGUUAGGUUAAUUGAAGUGGAUUUCGCACAGCCUAAGCGACGACAUUACGCGAAAUCGAGCUUGUGACGCAAGAUGGCCGCGCACAACACUACUCUCGGCAAACGUGUCUACCGCGCGGAAUUAUCGCGGGCGGCGGUAGGGAAGGCGCGUUUUCGCUCGCUGCCAGCACGUCGAGCCGCGACUCGCGAUUAUUCGCCGCGAUGGAUAGCAAGAGCGAAUUGCUGGGAUGUCUGCGUGAGAAAAUUGCCGACGGCCACGGCAUGGUCGAGCGACUCAGGCUUAUGAACAAGAUCGACGGCGUGGAUAAGCUGAUACGGAAAAUCCAGCAGGAGAUCAAGUUUCUGGAAAAGGUACAAUGUACGGAGACUGUGAAGAAGGAACAUCUGCAGAGCACAAAUCUGAUUCAUCUCAAUGCUGUGGUAGCUCGACUGUCUUGUGCAAAGAACCCUACCAAUGUGAUAAAGCCCUUCAAAUAUCAGGAAUCACGUCUGGAAGUGGACAUAGUGUGUAACAAUGGUGCUUCUUGGGUGAAAGUUAUAGCCAGAAAUGCCAAAGCCUUGACUCUGAUAUCACUUGGCAAAGGAGAGUACGGACAGAAAUCUGUCCUGGAUCAGGCCAAUUCCUAUUUGAUGUGCAGCAAAUGUCAUCUGCAUCACUACAAACCGCCAGAUGUCAUAUUCCAUUUUGCUUGUGGCAUAGAGACGCCUUUGGCAUCGCGUCUGGAGCAAAUGGGUGUUAUUGUUGAAGGAGAGAGGAUAGAAACUGGCUCUGACAAUGUGUACCAUCAAUAUGAAAAACAUCUGGAGGUAGAACACGAGCUGGAUUUCCCCAAAGAAUUUACCAAUGACUCUAAGAAAGAUGUGGAUCUGCAAUCGUUGAACACGUCCGCGCUUUUCACCGAGAUCAAGCUCCUGAAUUUGGAUGUAUCGACAUUGUUGGCUUACGUGACCAACAUGGCCAAUGGACAUAGUAAUUACGCUUAUCGGGAACCGUUGCUUACGCAGCAGGCAGAGAUGGAGAAUAAACGUCCUAUAAAACCGAUCUUGGACAAUCUGUUUCGCGACAAGGAACUCAUCGCGUGUCGCACAGCGUACGACAACUUUAUGAGCAUCAUCGACGUUAUCGGUGGUCCACAGGAGACGCAGCGGGCGCACGAGUUGCUGAAGAAAAUUCGAAUCGUCGAUGAUAUGCCCACCGGACGAGUCAUGGAGAAAUUACGUCUGGGCGGUAAAAUUAAGGAUCGAUCGCGAAUAGUGUUCGCGACCGGCGAGAAUAUGAAGAGCAUCACAGUCUCCGCCAAUGAAGGAUUCGUGAGAGCAGCACGUAUGCAGGGAAUCGAAUGUACAGUCUUUUUACACGAGCCAAGAUCAUUGUCGGAAAUUAAAGAAGGUUACGCGACGAGCGUGCAACCAUCUUGAUAUUACUCUAGAUCCAAGUCUAGCCUAUUGCGAAGAAAACAUACUGCCGUACAAAAUAAUAAGCAUAUUUGUAUCACUAAUUUAUUACAUUGUCCGACAUCUCCAAAAGAUGAUUGUACAUGAUUGUUCCUUUAACAAAGGGUCUGUCAUACUUCGUUACCAUUGAACUUGUUGAAAGAUUCCGUUGUACUCUCUUCGAAUUCUGUAAAAUAUGAGCAACCGAUUGUGUAUAUACAUACAUAAAUACAUGAUACGUAUGUGUGUGUGUGUGUGCGUGUGUGUACAUACAUACAUAAUUGACGUAAGAACGUUGGAAUUGUA